CGGUGUUGCCCCUUUAAGCCCCGCCCCUCGCCCCCGCCCGCGGUUGGCGGAGCGGCCGGAGCGGCGCGGGCGGCGGCACGAGGCGGCGGCAUGUCCUGAGGCGGCGGGAGCCGGGCCGGGCCCAGCACGGCGGGGUCGGUGGAGCAGCGGGCCAAGGGCCGGGCCCCCAUGAAGGAGAAGGAGGCGGGGGCGGAGCGGGGCAAGCCCGCCACAUACACUGGGGACAAGAAGGCGCGCAUGGCGGCCAAGACCAACAAGAAGUGGGUGCGCCUGGCCACUGUGCUGGCCUACGUCCUCUCCGUCUCGCUGGCCGCCAUCGUCCUCGCCGUCUACUACAGCCUCAUCUGGCAGCCGGUGCGCAGCGGCGGCGGCGGCUCCCCCGGGCCCGGCCCCGCCACCGCCACCCCGCCGCCCCACGCCGCCACGCUGCCGGGCCCUGCGGCCGGACGCGCGCAGGAGCCGCCAACGGGCCCCGGGCCCAGCCUCGCCCGGACCGACCGCCCGGACGCGCCGCCGCCCGGGGCGCGGGGCAGCCCCUGAGGCCGCCGUCAGCUAUCGCCCCCCCGCGCCGGAGGGAGGACGGGCCCGGCGGACCGCGGAGGGGAGGCCGGCAGCGGGGGGAUGCCGCGGCCGGGCGCGGCGGAGGACCCGGCCGGCGGCGAGGCGGCCCCGGCGCGGCGGAGCCCCGAAGAGCUCGGGCUGGAGACUGACCGGGCCCGGGUGCCGGCGGGGGAAGGAGACGUUUGUACUGGGUAGAACUGCGGUAUCUUUAACGCCCCCCAACCCCCCACCUCGUGUUUCCUCGAAAAGGGAAUUUUGUGGCUUCGUUCUUCUCCUCACCAGGGCUCGCUUCUCCCUUUGAACCUGCAUUGAAUUCCUGCGCUAUUUAUGCCCGUCUGUUACUUAUAAAAGGAUAUCGGUGUCCAAAAUUCCUCACUAUUUACAGGAUCAGCUGGGAACAAUAUGAAUUUAGAGGCUGUAAUCCAUUGUUUAGGUAAAAACAGUUUUGUUUAACAAUGAGCAUAAACUUAUUUAAAAACAUGUGAAAGGUAAAUUGACUUGUUUACUAUAUUAAAAUAUUUUCCCAAUAUGAAAGUCUCGGUAA